ACGGGAGGAAAAGGAAGAAAACCCACAGAAGAGCCCCCAAAAGCCGCCGGCUCAGCCCAGCCAAGCUCAGCCCAGCCCGCAGAGCCGCGGUGAUGCCCCGCCACCCCGCAGUGCUGCUGGCGCUCGCCCUCCUCGCCCUCCUGGAAGCCGGUCUGGGCCAUCCCCCGCCAGAGUCCCACCUGGCCGCGCACCCGAGGACCAAGAGAUGUUCCUGCAACAGCUGGAUGGAUAAGGAAUGCAUUUACUUCUGUCACCUGGACAUCAUCUGGGUCAACACACCCGGGCACACGGCUCCCUACGGCCUGGGGAGCCCGCCCAGGCGGCGCAGGAGGUCACCGGGCAGGUGCCAGUGCUCACACUCCAGGGACAACAUCUGUGCCACCUUCUGCCAGGGGAAGCCUGGGUACCUCCAGAGUCUGAAGCUCCCAGUGAGUUCUGGAGCGUCAGCGAGGUCCCCACAGAGUGGUGACAUGAAGCCUCCCCACCAUGGCCUGCUGAGAGCUCUCAGGGACCUUGCUGCCUCCAGCCUGCGCUCCGGGGAACACCUGCAGCGCUCCCGGAGGGGCGCACAGCCAGCAGUUCUGCCUUGGAGGAAAAACAUCUGGAAGAAGAAGAGAUAAGAAACAGGUGCACACCAAGUUCACCAGAAGAAUUUGGAGUCCUGUGGGUGCCACCAGCUCCGCUGUCAGUAGUUAGAGCUGAAGGAAAGGCCGUGAGUGGAAGGGAAGGAGUGGAAGUGUCCGUGCUCCUGUCGCUGACCCAGCACUGCCUGUACUCCAGAGACUGUUGUAAAGGGAAAACUCUCUCUCUAUACAGUCCUAGAUGUGUUGUGGAGCUGAAUUGUGCCUUUUUGGAUCAGGCAAGGGUCUUGCUGGAUGAGUACGAGCUUAACUCUGCUCUGGAGUCAUGGGCAGAGGGUGGAAUCCCAGCCCGGGUGGUUCUGUGCAGUUCUGGAUGUGCCAGCACUGAGCCCGUGUCUCCAGCCUGCUCUGCUCUGCCUUGGAGCUGGGUGUGAGCAGGGCCCAGCUCGGCCCCACUCAGAGCUGCUUUGGCUGGUCCUGGUGCUCAGGGAUGAGCUGCCUCCAACCUGAGCCCAACUUUGCACUAUUUUCUCUUGUCAGUCAGUGCCUGUGAAUGAGACUCUCAGGCUGAACCAGCUCCCAGUUUGUAUUAAAAAUAUGGAUAAUGCAGAAGCCUGGAAGCCAACGGAGUGGUCAGUGGCACUCCCUGGCUGAGAAAUUCACUGAGGGGAGUUUUCCCUGAGGUCCUUGAGGGGCUGUAGUUGAGGUGGAGGGUGGCUCACACCAGAGCCGGCACCAAAUCCAAGCGUGACCCUGCCAGCAGGCCCAGGGUGGGGAGGCUGAGGGGGAGCUGUGUCUGCAGGAGCCCCAGCAGAGCCAGGGGAGGGAGCCCUGCCCGGCCUGAGCUGCUGCUCUGGGUCAGCUCAGGGCUGUGAGUCCAUCUCAUCUCCCUGGACACUCCCUCAGUGGGGCAGGGCACUCCCAGCUCCCAGCCCGACAUCCCAGCUUUGUUCCAGCUGUGCCUGGAAGAAGGGGCUGGAGGCAGAGAGGUGUGUAUGGGGGGGGGAGAGAUCCAGAGGCUUGCUUGCUGCUUUGCUUAGAUCAGGUCUCUGAGCUGGGCUCUGUGUAAUAAAUACUGUGUAUGGGUAGCAGGUCACUGUGGGAAUUGUAACCUGGAUCGGGAAUGCAAAGGGCAACCAGACAGGAUGGAUGUGGAAGGGAGGACUGGGAAGAAGAGGAGGUUGGAACCAGAUGAACUUUAAGGUCCCUUCCAACCCAAACCUUUCUGUGAUUCCGUAGGGGAGCACAGCCCUGUGUGCACAGAGAAAGGCUGGGAUUUAAAGCUGUGCCAAAGCUGUGGAGCAACACAGGAGGGACAGGGGAAUCUGGGAAAAACACUGAGCCCAGGACCUAGAAACCAAUCCUGCAGGCAAACACAGUCUCAAGGCUCUGGAGCUGUAUCACAAAUGCACUUUUGUUUGCCUGGGCAGAUUAAUUCCAUUAGAAACAGAGGCUGCAGCUCUGGGCAGUGCAGGGGAAUCACUGCUCCGCUGGAACCACUGUUGGGUCCCUCUUGCUGCCCAAUCCAGUAUUACACAGGAGCGUUUCUAAAGGCUGCUGGAAGUUGGUGGUGGACCAAAAUCUGUGGCUGUUGCAAGUGUAGUCCCGUUGGACAGCAAAAAUAAUUCCUUGAUUUUGCUCUAAGCCCUGGAGGGGGGAAAAAAUGAGACCAACUGAUUGUAUCAUAAACGAAACAGCAAAUGAAUCAUUUGAUCCCCAAAUCUUUUUUAUAUUUGACUUUCUGAAGGUUGGAGUCAUUCUAAAAAAAAAAUAAAUCCUGAAAAGAUUUGUUCCAGAGGAAACUUUGCACAUGGUUUAAUGUGAGCUGAGUAAUUUAACAUAAAACUACUGCUGUUGAAUACUAUGUAUCUCUCCUUGUGUGAAUAAUGUCUCAUCCUAAGUGACUUACUGCACACUCGCCAUAUGUAGCAUCCUGAAAUCUGUAUA